GGAAUAGGACUGGAGGCAGAACUUACACAGACUCCACCCCAGCCCAUGUGACUCCAGGAGGUGCCCUCCUCUGGGAGGAGGCUCAGGCCUGGGAAGAUAAGCAGAGCAGACAGCAGAGCUGCCAGGCUUGACAGCAGCCUGAGAGACAAACCUCUCCAGAGGAAGGGCUAGCAGGCAGCAGAGACUAUGGAGCUCACCUCAGCCCCUCUCCACAAAGGGCAGGUCCCCUGGAGGGGUCUCCUGCUGGCAGCCUUACUUUUAACCUACUGUAAUUCUUCUGCUACUGCCCAAGCCAGACUUGCAGCAGUCCCACCCAACGUGGUUGUAGGGGCAAGUGUUAUUCUAGAGAUCCACGAUCUGGAAACGAAAAUCAUGGCCUAUUACUGGUACAGGGGACCACAUCUGCAUGACGAUAAAGAAAUCGUACGAUUUAUACCAAGCAGACUUGUAAAUAUGCGCGGGCCUGCACACACUGGCAGAGAGAAAGUAUACCAAGAUGGAUUCAUGCUCUUAGAGAACGUCAAUAAGAAUGACGCAGGGACCUACACGGCACGUUUGCUAACAAUGAACUAUGAUACUCUGGUACUAUCCUUGCAGUUCCAAGUAUACGCACCGCUACCCAAGCCCAACAUCACAAGCAACAAUUCUAAUCCCAUGGAGGGUGAGGACUCGGUAGCAUUAAUGUGUGAGCCUGAGACUCAGAAUACAGUCUACCUGUGGAGGAUAAAUGGCCAAAGCCUCUCAGAAGGUGACAGGCUGAAGCUGUCCAUCGACAACAGAACUCUCACUUUACUCACUGUUGUGAGGACUGACACUGGACCCUAUGAGUGUGAAACCCGGAAUCUAGUGAGCACCUCCCGAAGUGAGCCAUUCACUCUGAACAUUACCUAUGGUCCAGAUGUCCCCAUCAUAUCCCCCUCAGAUACUCAUUUCCAGUCAAGGACAAACCUCAGCCUCUCCUGUCACGCAGCCUCUAACCCACCCGCACAGUACUCCUGGUCUGUCAAUGGAGAGCUCCAGGCAUCCUCCCAAGAGCUCUUUAUCCCCAACAUCACUACUAAUAAUAGCAGAUCCUCUACCUGCCUCGUCCAUAACUCUGCCACUGGCCUCAAUAGGACCACAGUCAAGAACAUUAUUGUCCUUGAGCCUGUGAAUGUGCCCUCCAUUGAAGCCAGCAAAACUGUAGUAAAAGAACUGGAAUCUGUGUCCCUGACCUGCUCCUCAAAUGACCCUGGGAUCUCCUUCCGUUGGCUCUUCAAAGGGGAGCAUCUGGUGCUCACGGACAGAAUGAAGCUGUCUGACAACAAUCGCAUCCUCACCAUAGACCCUGUCAAGCUGGAGGAUUCUGGGGAGUAUAAGUGUGAGGUCUCCAAUCCAGCCAAUUUCAAGGAUAGCGAUGCCAUUGUGCUGGACAUAAUACCUAUAUAUGGAAAAAGGAACUUUUGGCACUCCUGGGGGCCUAUCAUUGGCAUUGUUGCUCAAUGUUUGCUGGGACUGGCUGCGCUAAUAAUUCUCGUGGUCUUCCUGUUAAAAACCAUCCGUGGCAGGAAUCUGGGUAAAAAGGAAAACAUAAAUCAAAUGAAGGAUGGCAGAAAACCAGCAGGUAAAUAAGCCAAGCAACGUCAAAGACACCCCCAAAGUGGAACAGGCUAAGAAGAAGAACCAGACGUAAGAGCAUUCUCAGUGAGGACAAUCGGACACCGUCCACUCACGAUGGAUGAAGCUUCAUAUUAUUUCCUGAAGAUCAAUGCCUGGCAACCCAAAGCACUAACUUCAGGCUCCCCAUCUCCUCCAGCAACAGCAACUGUCUUCCAAAGUAAAAACACAUGGAUGGGA